GUAUAUAUAUAUAUAUAUAUAUGUAUAUAGAAUAAUCUGAAAAUAAUCGUGUUUCUGUUAAUUGAAAUUAAUUUAGAAAUGAAUUAUAUGAUAUUUCAUAUUUACCGCGUAAAAUCUUAUCUCUUGGUAACAAUGUAGCAAACGCAGAUAACUUCAGAUAGAUCAUGUUAUAUACUACUAUGGAAGUAACCUUGUUAUACGUUGAAAUUUUGGAUAAGACCUAACUUAACAGGAGUAAGGUGAAACUAGGUUCAUUGGGAAGAUCUUUAAAUAUAAAUCAAUUCAUAUGAGCGGGUAAAAUAAUUCUACAUUAUGGAAGCUCAUGAAAAUGAACAAUAUGUUACAUUUCCACUUUCUGGAGUACAUGAUAAUAUUCAAGAAAAUAUAAUAUCACACGAAGAGAUAUGUGAACCUGUUGAUGAUUGUGUACUACAAGAUGGUUUAAAUGAAGUUCCUGUUAAUGAUGUUAAUACUGAUAUUCAAGAAGCUCAUGUUGCUGUCGAAAUUUUACCUGAUAGAUCGGAUGAGGAAGAUGAAAAUCGUAGCGUUUAUCCUAUAUAUAUCAAACAGGAGGAACAACAACAAUAUACUUCUGGCGAUGAUGAAUCAAUGGCUGUUGAAGCACUUCGUCAAUUAGGUGGCAUGUAUCCUUGUUUUGAAAAUAAAAAAGUCAGUUGUCCUAAUUGUGCUAAUUUGUUCACACAAAUUGAAUUUACCAAACAUCAGGGUACGUGUAAUAUAAGUAAGUUAUCAUGUCCAACAUGCGGAGAAACAUUUGAAAGGAAAAUGGAUUUAAAUAAUCAUAUGGUUUGUCAUCAAGUUGAUCGACCACAUGCAUGUAGAACAUGCGGUAAUUUGUUUCGUUCUAAAAGCAGUCUUCAAUCGCAUAUGUUACAAGUUCAUCAAAUAGAAAGACCUCAUAAGUGUACCAUUUGUGGUGCAGACUUUCAAAGACCAUCUAGCUUAUCAAAUCAUAUGAAAAUACAUACUUAUGUAGCUGGACGUGCUAUAAUGCAAUCAAGAGGAAAUAAUCAAUUAUCACAGUCUGUGGAUACAUUUAGAAAAUGGUCUGAAAAUAAUACGUCUGAAUCACAAAAUGUACCUGUUCCAUCUUCGACAGUUCAAACUGUACAAAAUUAUAAUGCUUGUCAAGUUCAUUGGGCUGUUCCUGCUUAUACUUUUCAAAAUGAACAAUCGUCUACUGUCAAUACAAUCUCUAAUCAUGAUGAAAAAAUAGAUACACUGCAUGAAUUUAAUGUAUUACCUAAUGGUGAAGUAACACAAUUUGAAUAUACACAACAAAAUAAUAUGAAUAAUCAAAUCAGUCAACAAUACAGUUUAUCCCUUAAUACAUUUAAUAAUUCAGACAGUAUGGUCAAAGUUGAGGCACUUACAUAUAAUAAUGACAGUAGAAGAAAUUAUGUGGAUAUGGGGACAGAUGUUAAUAAACAGCAUACAUGUAGUCAUUGUGGUAUUAGUUUUUCAAGAGCAAUAGCAUUAGUAUCACAUGAAAAGAUUCAUACAUCUAAAAACUGGAUGCCCAUUGAAUGUGAAUAUUGUGAUAAACAGUUUCAAGAUGCAAAUCAUUUGGCAACUCAUCAAACUACUUGCACAAAAAAAAUUAUGCAGAAUAAUAUUGAUCAAGGUGUUUCAAAUAGUAAAUGGGGAAAACAUGCUUGCUCUGAAUGCGGAAAGAAAUUUACAACUAAACAGAAAAUGUUUAGGCAUCAAUGGAUACAUAGAAAGAAAACUCAUUGUUGUGAAGUUUGUGGAACACAAUUUGAAAAACAAAAUCAAUUAGAUAAGCACAGAUUGUCGGCCCAUCCUGGUGAUUCACCAUUUACUUGUACGGAAUGUGGAAAAAGUUUUGUAUCACGUCAAGGUCUUUGGGAACAUGGUAGAACUCAUGCAGGAAGUCCAGCACAUUUUCAUUGUGAUACUUGCUCAAAAACUUUCUCCUCGCGACAAGGAUAUUUAAUUCAUCAUCGUACUCAUACAGGUGAAAGACCAUAUGGUUGUAAAUUUUGUUGGAAAGCAUUUAGAGAUGGUGGUACAUUAAGAAAACACGAACGAAUUCAUACAGGAGAAAGACCACACGUAUGUCCUUUAUGCUCUAGAGCUUUUAAUCAGAAAGUUGUUCUUCGUGAACACGUUCGAUGGGUUCAUGCUGCAGGAAAAAAUGAAACUGAAGUUACAGGACCACCUUAUCCUUGUCCUUUAUGCGGUGCUUUAAAUCAAGAUCGUGAUGAAUUGUGCGCCCAUAUUGUUAAACAUUCGGAUCAAAUGAUAGCCGAAGCAAAAGCAAAAACAAAUAAUAAUGCUCCUAAAUCACGACCUACGAGAAAAAAAACUAAAGCAUCUAUCGUUGAAGGUACACAGGAGAAACAAAAUCUAGAUAAUAAUGAAAUUUCAAGAUUAGAACAAAAUAAAGCAUUAUUAUCUAUAACAGAAGCAAUGGAUAAAACAGAGUGUCAACAAAUUGUAAAUGACAAACAAAAUAAUACUUAUCUCGUGGUUACUGCUGAAAGACAUAAUGAAAACUUAAUCGCUAUAUCGGAGCUUAAACACAAUAAUGUAAGAUUAAUAUUAGAUGACAAACAAAAUGAAAAUGUAAAUAUAACACAGAAUGAUCAUGAUCGUGCAGAUUCGUAUUUAAUUACUAUGAAUAAACAAAAUGACACUACACAUAUUUUACCAGAUAAUAAUGCUCUUCGUGCUAUAACUACAACCAGAAACGAUGAAGUUGAUACAAUGCAUUUAAUACAAUCCUCUAAACAAAGUAAUACUUUACAUUUAUUAUCAAAACCAAAUGAGUCACUUCCCGUUUUGACAAUAAGUAAUAAUCCAGAAGAUCAUGAAAAUUAUUCUAGUCAAAUAGCGCAGAUAGGAAGUACCGAUCUACCUAUGGAUAUGGCUACACAUGAUACAUCUAGAGAAGAUCAGGCAAUAAAAAGUCACAAUGGGAAUAGGCAGGAAUCAUUAUUACACGAAGGAGUUUCUCAAGGAACAGUUAUACAAAUUGUUCAUUAUCAACAAGAUAGUGAUGAUGGAGAAGAACUAGUUUGUGGUAUAUGUGGGGAAGAUUUUACAGAUAAAAACAUAUUAAUGGAACAUGUUAAAAUUCAUAUAUAAUUAAAAAAAUAUUUUAAUUUUAAAAGAAAAGAUGGGAAUUAUUUGUUAUUAUAAUUAUUAUGUCAAAUUGGGAAUCAUCAUGAAUAAUAUAAUACUAAAUAGUAAUAGGCUCUGCACUGUUUUUCUAUGAGCUUUAAAAAAAAUGCACUGUUUUAAUUAAUUGAGAUAAAGAUUGAUUUUACAUUUAUAAAAAAAAAGAUCAUAUAUAUUAUAAUGGAUUAAUUC